GGCCGUCGCGUUGAGCGUCCAUUCGCUCUCGUAUCUCAAAAAACCACCUGUUCACGAACACGACAUACAUACACACUGUAAGUGUGAAGUGUUACCCGAAGGUUCAAAAAGGCUUCACCACGGCGGAAUUUACAAUGGAAGACGACAUCGAAGACCCCAACACGUGGGCGGUAGGCGCCCGUUACAGACCGGAGCCCCCCGCCACCUUGGCGUCCACCACUCGCUUCACGCAGCAUGAGAUCAAGCUCAUGUACCGAGGAUUUAAGCAGGAGUGUCCGACAGGCGUAGUGGACGAGGAGUCGUUUAAGAAUAUUUUCUCGCAAUUCUUUCCCCUUGGAGAUGCCACACAAUAUGCUCAUUUCGUCUUCAACACGGUGAAGCACAAACAACGUGGAAAACUCAACUUUGAGGAAUUUCUGGAAAUACUAUCGCGUGUAGCACGUGGAUCUAUAGAAGAGAAGGUGUCCUGGGUGUUCGCUUUGUACGAUGUUGAUGGCGAUGGAAGGAUCUCCCGGGGAGAGAUGGUGUCUGUGGUCCGCGCUGUGUAUGAGCUGUUGGGACGCACUGCCUUGCCACCGGUUCAACGUACUGAAGCGGAGACGCACGUGGAUCGGAUUUUUAAUCUAAUGGACACAAAUGCCGAUGGUGUAGUAACGCUCGACGAACUAGCACGCUGGUGCGCUCGAGACCCCGCUCUUCUCCGCUCUCUUGAUACCCUCGACACAGUCUUGUGAUCCGAACCUUCCCCUCCCUCUCCCAGUCCGAAUCCCUCCAACCCCUCUUUCAGUCCCAACCCCUCUGUAAGCCCCAACCCCUCCUUCGGUCCUAGUCCCUCUGUCAGCGCCUACACCAAUCCUGGUCAUCCCUUCCCUCCACUGAGGAGAGAAAGGGUUAAGCUCCGCUCCGCUUCACAGGUGUCAAUGAAGUCCCAAGUGUCUGUUAGAUCCCAGGUCUCAGAGGAUACAAAGGAUUCGAGGACGUCAUCUAGAUCUUCUGCUACGCCCCCACCACCUCCGCCGAGAGCUAGAAGAAGCAGUUCAGUUCAGUCUGGUAGCUCCAGUGGUACGCCAUUAUUGGGACCUCAUACUGCACCAUUAAGACUCACUACCACUUUAACAGAAGAAACAUCCCCCCAAAGAGUGAAACGAAGAAACAAGCCACUACCACAAAUCACUCCGAACAUACAAACAAACAUGGAAAACAUACAAACAAGACGUACACGAGAAAAUAAAAUUAACAAAACAUGAAUUGUUUUCAAUUUACAGUGAUAUGUUAAAAUGGUUAUUUUAAAUGACAGUUUAAGCCCGCGUUAAUUUGUUAGUAGCGUGUUCUAUAAACUACAGCAUUUCUCUAUUAAUAGACAAUCCAACAUCAAAAAUUCAAUUCCAAUUUAGAACGUUCCAUAAACAAAAAACAACUGAUGAAAGUAGACACGUAAAAACAUUUUGACACCAUAGUCUUCGGAUGGUGUCGCUAAAACACCCAAAUUGCACAUACUUUUAACUAACUUCAUGUUUUGUCUCUUUUUGUCUUUACGCUAUGAUGAGUACUUUGCUUAAAAUUGUUUUAGUUCUAUAUUCAUGUAGAAAGGGUUUUCCUACAUAUAAAUAACAUUCAUCGAAUCUCCCAAAUUGAAUAACCAUUUUAAGGUAUUUCUGAUAUAAAUCUAAUCUCAAUAUAAUAAGUGUUGCAAACUUACAUAACCCUAAAACCUACGUCACUUCAAAAGUAUAACGGUUGACGGUUAUUUAAGUUUCUGACACUAAAUCUUUAGCUAUACGCAUUUCCUCUUCUUUAUCUAGAUUUAAUCUUAACUAAAUGCCUUUAAACGCUAGGUCCAACUUUAGUCUUAAACUCUUAUAAAUAAGCGUUUAUUCCAAUCCUCGGCCAAUGGUAAAAUUAUUAUAGUUAAUAUUAUAUGAAUUGAGAAAAAUUAAAUUAAAUCACCAAAUAUUAAAAACUUAUUAAAUCGUAGGGUUAAAUAAAGUUAUCUUGAAUAUCCAAAUUUGUAUAACAUUGCCUUAAAUGUAUAGAGCGUUCCCCCCUCCAUAAGUAAAGUACUCUUUCUCUAUUUAUUAAAUCUCGAACAUAAUUUGACAGAAAGAGACAGAGAG